AUGGGGAAUAAAGUACCUUUUAAGAUAUUUGAAGAUAUUUACACAAAAAAAAGUAUUGAUAAAAGUUCAGACGAUAGAAAUAAUGAAAUUAUAGAUAAUUGCACAAGGGAAUCUUUGCCAUUAAAUAUAAGAAAUAUGGAAUAUAAUAAUAUAGAGCAAAAAGAGCAUAUGAAUAAUGAAAAAAAUACUCAAGAAUACACCGAAGAUAAUGAAAAUUCUGAAAUGGAAAAAAUAAAAAAACAAAAUUUUUACUUACUUGAUGAAAGUUUAAAUUCAAAUAACAUUAAACAUCCAUGUCAUGCUCAGUGGUUUUUGUUUUGGGUUUUUGCAUCUUAUUUAAAUGAUAAAUUUUCAGAAUCAGAAAAAGAAUAUGUCCAUUCCUUUUAUUCAUAUUUUCCUGAUCAAUGCAUUGAAGGAAAAGGGAAAAAUUGUUUUACUGAAUUUUUAAAAAUUUACCCUAUCAGGGCUGAAACUAGGGAAGAAUUAAUGACGUGGUUACAAAUGUGUGAAAAUUAUUGUAGAAAAAAAGCAGAUUUACCUCUAAAAUUUUUUAAUUACAAUAAAUUAUUAAAAAGGUGGAGAUUUGAUGAUGAAUAUGUUUAA